AUGAAGAACGUAUAUGACGAUCGUCGAAUGUUAAUUCGUACGCGUGAAUCACAUGAUAUACAAGUUCAGCAUAUACGAAAAUGUCCACAAGAUCAUGCAAUGUACGGUGUCAAGGGAACAUCGGUAAUUUCGGUCCUUCCAUCGUUUCAUCCUAUCACAUCACUACCACCAGAUCUUAUGCACGAUAUUCUAGAAGGCGUUAUGCCAAAAUUAACCGCAAGUUUGUUGAAAAAUAUUGUUUCUGUUCGACUACUAUCAAAUGCUGCAUUACGUCAACGAAUCAAUUCGUUUCAAUAUGGUAUCAAUGAUAGACGAAAUCGUUCACCUCCAUUAAAAGAAAAGGAUGUUUCAGAAGAGCGAAGUCCAGCGCGUUUGGGUGCAUUAGAAGUAAUUUCCAAUCCUACACAAGUUUGA